AUGAGCAGUGCUACUUGGCGCAGUGUCUUUACGUUCAAUAAGUACAGUCAAAUUACUGCAAAUGCAGUUCGCGCCUCUUUGAAGGAAACUGAACGUCUUGCUACCGAAAAGAGAGGUUUGACUGCUCUUAGAUAUCAGAAAUGGGAUGAUGGAAAACCUGGAGAACAGGUCUUACUGAACCCCGUCAAAGAAGAGAGCCCUGAGAAGAAACAAGCCGUGGUGUAG